UUCAGAGCAAUUUGUCGUAUUUUUAAUAACUGCUUUGUGCCCAAUUUGCUGAUUUUGAAUGACCGAUAAUCCAUAUUAACUGUGAAAUAUCGAACCACAGUUAAGAACAAAAAAACAAUGCAUUUACUGAAGACGUGCAUCUUUUAUUUUAUUCUUUUAAUACUUAUAGUGUGUAUCUUACUAUUUUAUACACUACAUGUGGCAGCAACAACGUAAAAUUAUCCCUUUUGAAAUUGGGCAUCCAUUGUCUGAAUAUGUGAUUGGUUUUCCGUUAGGUGUGAGAUUGGGUUUGGUUGUGUAGGUGUAAACAUAUUCUUUGGAAAUUUGUACACUUUUGCAUGACGUACAAAUACAUGCUUUCUGGUUCUCAUAUGAGUCAUUGUGAGUCGCUAAAUUUAAAUUUCACAAUUGCUCUUCAAGCAACGGAAAAUUAUCUUGUGGAUUGCCCCUAAGUUUAGGCUUAGCAUCUCCCUCUUCUCCAUUAUUAGCUGGUCCACCGUUAACUCGCUGCCAAAAACUCGCGUUGUGAAUAGUUUUAUUUGUAUGCUGUUGAGAUGCAAGUGUUUUCCAGUCCAUUUUGUAUGGUUGUAUGUGUUAAUUUAGAGGUAAGUUGACAGCAUUAUAUUCCGUAAAAAUUGUAAUUAUUGUUCUCAAAAUGUUUAUUUUGUAAUUUUAAUGUAAUGUGUCGUUUUACUAUCAUAGCAUUAAGUAAAAUGUUCAGUACUACAUUUCACUGUAACGUUUCUUGAUCAUCAGCUUUUAAAAGAGGACUACAUUAAUAUGGCAGUUAGUACGUUAAUACCAGCUAGUGCUAUGAAUUUUACAGAAAACCAGCAAGCAUGUAUUGUACUAGAAAAAUUGUGGAGCCAGCGAGAGGCUGGCCGGUUUUGUGAUGUUGUUCUGCACGUCCAGGGACAAAAAUUCCAAGCUCAUCGCAAUGUUUUGGCUGCAUGCAGUCCAUAUUUUGACUCUGUUCUAAAAACUCACAAAGUAAUUAAAGAGCAGCUUACCGUAACCUGUCAGAAUCUUGAUGCAUUCCAGUUGCUUUUAAAUUAUAUGUACACGGGUGCUGUUGUGAUUGAUAAAAAUAAUGUUGGGGAGUUAUUAAGAUUAGCAAAUCAUUUUCUUGUGAUCAAACUGAAAAAUUAUUGUGCAGAAUAUUUGGAUAGGUAUUUAGAUCCAUCUAAUUGUUUAACAGUUAAGGAAAUGGCAGAGAAGUAUAAUUUACCUGUACUUCAGAAAAAUGCAUCUGCAUUUAUUCAUAAUCAUAUUGUUGAAGUCUUUGAGCAAAGCGAAAUAUUAGAAUUCACUUUUAGUAAGCUAGAGGCAUUUUUCAAAGAGAAGCAGUGUCUUAUACCACAGCAUGUUUUGUUGAAUUUUAUCUGUAAAUGGGUUGAGCAUGAUGUAAGCAAACGAGAAAAUGAUUUGAGAACUUUGCUUACUUUUAUUAAUUGGGAUUCUAUUGAACGGCAGUAUUUAGAGGACCAUUUAAGAAAUUGCUCUUUAUUUCGUAAUAAUCCGAAAUGUACAUACCUUGUGUUAGUUUGUUUAGAAGAGAAUAAAAUAGAUUUACCUGAAUUUCAGGCUUUAUAUGCUUCAUUGAAAAGUCAGUAUGGACCUGGUGGUUCUAAUGUAGAUAAUGAUAGUUUUAUGAAUAUAGCCAUAUCUGCUGCUAUCCAUGGGCUUCAGAAAUAUCCAUUAAACACAGAUGCUGAAGAAAACACUCCAAUUACUGUUGCUCCUUUAGAAAAAGAGCAAUCUAAAGAAAAAAUUGCCUCAGUGCCUCCCGCAGAGGAACAUAAAGCAUACUCUGAUAAUGAAUCAAGUAAUAGUAGUUUUGAAGAUGCAGCACCAGAUUGUGCUCGUGAACUGGAUUAUGACAGUCCGAGUUCAGAGGAGAAACCACUUGCAUUAGUUCCAGCAACACCUAAUCGUAGGAAAGUUCCUCCAAGGAAAUUGAAACCUAAAUCUCCCCCCCGGAAGAUUACUAUGACAACAAGAAGAUCAACCCAAGUGCAGAAAACGGUACCACCAAUAAAAAUAACACGAAAAUCUUCAGGGAGUAUUUCAGCAAAACCAGCCAUGAAGCAUACUUCCAAAUCAUCUAAACAAAAUAUGAAACAGCCAAAGCAGGCUCAGUUGUCUCCUACUCGAAACAAAAAGCCUGUUGGUAAACCUACCAAAAAACGCUACGUUUCAGAAACUGACUCUGAAGAUGAUGACGAUGAUGAUGAAGGUAGCUCUAGUGCUACUGAUUCUAGUAUUGAGGAGUCGGUAAAUGGCCAUGGAAAUAAAUCAAAAUGGAAAGAUGGUGUAAAAUGUCCUAACUGUUCUUAUAUAGCUCACAGUUCUGUCAGAUUAGAGCAACAUGUUUCUCGCAUUCACGCGAAGGAUGUUACGUAUAAGUGCAAAGUUUGUGAUUUUACUUGCAAAUGGAAUCGAGAAUAUUACCUUCACAUGAAAACACACUUUCAGGGUCCACCAUUUCGUUGUGAAACUUGUGAAUAUACCUGUGACAGAAUACAAUUUUUAUUGUCUCAUCGCAUGAGGCAUACUGAUGAACGUCCAUUUAAAUGCGAUGAAUGUGAUCAUCGAUGUAGAACAAAAGCAAAUUUGGACUGUCACAUGAGGUGUCAUACUGGGGAGAAGCCUUAUCAGUGUGAACACUGUGAAAGACGCUUUGCAAUCAAAGCAAGUCUUGAUCAACAUCUUGCAUCUCAUCGUGAAGAUCGACCAUUCUUAUGCGACACUUGCGGCUUUAGUACAAAAUAUCAAUCACAUCUCUUUUCUCAUAAAAGAAUUCAUACAGGUGAUGUCUUUCGUUGCCAUUUCCCAAAUUGUAAAUAUAGUACACCUAAAAAAAGUCAAUUAGGAUCUCAUCAUAGAACUCAUACUGCUGUUCGUUCUCAUAUAUGCUCCAUUUGUGGUAGAGCUUUCAUUGAAAAGAGUCAUUUAGUAAGACAUGAGCGUAUUCACCUAAAUGAAAAGCCAUUCAAGUGUGAGCAUUGUGAUUAUUGUAGUUCUCGUAGGGAUAAAUUAAAAGAACAUUUUCGCAAACAUCAUGGUGAAAAUGCUACUGCUAAAGGUCCUUAUAGACCUAGGAAGCAGAGAAGACAAGGUUAUGAAGUAAGUGUUUAUUCUCCUCCAAAUAAAAAUCAACCAACUGAAUCUGAGAAUAAUCAGCUUCAACCUCAGCAGCAUAUUGAGUUACAAACAGCUGUAUCUGUAAUUGGAACUAAUAAUCCUCCACCAGCGCCAGUUGUAUAUAGUUAUGAAUCAUCUCAUCAGGAAACACUUCAUAGCCAUGCAGCUGUUGCUUUACAGCAGCUAGGUGCUGCUGCUCAUAAUUAUCAAGUGACGUUUAUGGAACAAAGACAUCACCAACCUCAUCAUCACCAUCACCAUCACCAUCAGCACACACAUCAACAUCCUCAUGCACAUCCACAUGUUGGACCAACUCCACCAUCUGCUGUUCCUGCUAUGAUGACUGAUCAGAAUAGAGUAAAUGUUGUUGCUGUCAGUUCGCACGAUGGAACAAAUGUUGUCGGUCAGGCAUCAGAGUUUAGCCCAUUCAUGUCAUUUAUGUAAUUUUUAUUUUUAUUUUAAUUUUUUAUUUUAUUUAUUUAUUUUUUAUUUUAGAAUGGGUACUGUAGAUGAAAAUAAUAGCAUUAACAGUUGAAGGGCUGAAGUUACAAAUCAGGUUUUGAAUCAUAUAUUACGUUUAUAGUAUUAUUAAAUGUAAUUUAGGCUAUUUUUAAGGAGACAGUUGUAAAGUAUUUAUAUUAUGGUGGUGUGGGCUUCUGUGAAGCAUUCUAAAAUUGAUGUGAGAACAAACACACUUGUGUUUUACUUUGUGUCUGAUCAAUUAUGCUGUGCAUAUUGCUUAAUUAUUAGUUUGGUUAUCUAUUUUUGUAUUUCAUAAACCGUUCUUUUUAUUGACUAUCAUUUGUGCUUGGCUAAGGAUUAUUGUAUCAUUGAACAUAUAUAAGGGUUUAAAAAUAUUAUAUAUAUUUCAAAGAGAAUAUUUUUAUUAAUGUUAUUGAUGAAUUACAAAGUGCAUGUUGCGUUUGUGUGAUCAACUUUCUGUAAAUUGGGAAAUUUUUCAGAAUUAUGUGUGUUGCUCUAUGUAUUAUUUAUUGCUUUUAUUUUAUAAGCUUAUAAUGAAUUUUAGAAAGGUAAAUCAAAAUUCUGAUUAAUCUAAACUUUCAGCCCUUCAUCUCCCUAAUUAUGUGUUCAGCUUGUUUUCUAAUCAAAUUUUUUUGCCUUCUGAAGGCUUGUAAUAAUUUAUUGUAUGAAGUGAUUGCAUACAAAAACUACUUUAUUAAAUGCCUUUAAAUGUAUUGUGUACUUUUUCUGCUACGUGCAUUGUCAAAAAUCUGUUGAAGAUUAUGAGGCAUUUUUCACAAAAUACUCCCAGAUCUAUUUAUAAUUGUUUCAUAUUUUGUCUCAUAUUGUGCCAAGAAUGAUUGUUAAUGGCACAUACUUUGUGUAAUAUUAAUGUAAAAUCCUUAUACUUAUUUAUAAGUAAAACUGCAUGAGAGCAUUUAAUUUAUUGGUUAUUCAAUGUAUUGCCAAAAAGAAAAGUUUGUAAUCUAUAAAGGUGCUGAACUAUGGGUGCUGUCAUGGUGAAUUAUGAAGAUUUUACACUUAGCAGCAGUUCAUAAUGCAUAAAUUAUGUUUUUAUUUUCCUCACAAUUAGUGUAACUGUAGCUGCAAUUUUAUAUUAAUGUUGCUUAUUUAAAUUGUUACCGUAUUUUCUCUCGUUGCUGUUAAUUUGUAUGUUAUGUUAAUGUUAUUAAUUAGUUAUGUUAUAGUAACUUUUUUGGAAAUAUGUUUUGUCAUUAGAAAUACCUGUGCAACCUGAUUAGUUGAAAAAACUGAUGCUUAUUCUCUCUCUCUUUUUUUUAUUUAUUUAAGUGCAAAACUAAAUUAACUGUACAUUUUUACCUAAGUUUUAUUUUGGUAAUUAGAAAACUGCUAAGUGCAUAAUAACAGGAAAUGCAGAUGGAAUUAGAAGGAACCCCCCAGGGAAAGUUUAUUAUUUGUAUGAAACCAAUUUAUAAAGUAAAUGUCUACGGUUGUACUGAAAAUUCAACUUUGUAAACUCUUGUGGGUUAACUGGAAAUGUAAAAGAAGAAAUAGUAUCAUUAGCUUCAAGGUUAUAAUUAACCAUUUAAUUAAUUUGUGUUAUCUUUUUGAAUGAAAUAAACAACAUAUAAUUUUA